UCAUGCAUUUUGUUAUACUGUCAAAGUCAAACGUGGUUCUUCUUCCUUUGUUUCCCCGUCAUUUUCCACCAACCAUUAAACAUUGUUUUGUGAAGAACAAGAUUCACUUUAACAAACUGUACUGUACCAAACUCAAAUCCUUUCAUCUCACUCAACCUUUCUUUUUCCCUUUCCCAAACAGAAGAACCCAUGAUCCAUAACCACAACCUCGUAACAACAAAAACCAGCAACAACAUUAAACACAAACGAAACACCAAAAACUAAUCUUUCCACAACAUCAUGGGUUCAGAUCCUCUGUCACUAACUUCAACAAAACCAAUACCAAUUCCAACACAAGAUCAAGAAGAACAUGACUCACAAUCUUCAUCACAAGCUCUUCUCUCUUUCAACACUGAAAAUUCUUCAUCUUCUUCUUCAACUCAUUCUUCUUCUUCCCACAACAAAACCCUCUUCAUCUCUCUCAUCAUCAUCACUUCCAUUUCACUCUCAGCAGCAUUUGCUUUUGCUUUUCUCUUCCUUUCUUCAUCUUCAUCAUCAUCACCAACAACCACUCACAACACCAAUAAUCAUUCUUCUUCAAACACCAUAGCUCGUCCUCUCACAAAACUCAAACAUCCAGUUGUACUUUUAAUUUCCUCAGAUGGGUUUCGAUUCGGUUAUCAAUUCAAAACCUUUACUCCUUCUAUAACUCGUUUGAUUUCAAAUGGAACAGAAGCUGAAACAGGCUUGAUUCCUGUUUUUCCAUCCUUAACUUUCCCAAAUCAUUACUCUAUUGCUACUGGACUUUACCCUGCUUAUCAUGGCAUAAUCAAUAAUCAUUUUCUAGAUCCAAUUUCUGGUGAUCAAUUCUAUAUGGGUAGUCAUGAUCCAAAAUGGUGGCUUGGUGAACCUAUUUGGGAAACUGUUGUCAAAAAUGGGUUGAAAGCUUCUACCUAUUUUUGGCCUGGUUCUGAGGUAAAAAAAGGUUCUUGGAAUUGUCCAUUGAAAUAUUGUGUUCAUUAUAAUAAUUCUGUUGUUUUUGAGAAUAGGGUUGAUUCUAUUUUGAAGUAUUUUGAUUUGCCUGGUGAUGAAAUUCCUGAUUUUAUGACACUUUAUUUUGAGGACCCUGAUCAUCAAGGUCAUAAAGUUGGAUCUGAUGAUCCUGAGAUUACUAAAGCUGUUUCUAGAAUUGAUAGCAUGAUAGGUAGGUUGAUUAGUGGUUUAGAACAAAGAGGGGUAUUUGAGGAUGUUAGUAUUAUUAUGGUAGGUGAUCAUGGAAUGGUUGGUACUUGUGAUAAAAAGUUGAUUUUUCUUGAUGAUUUAGCUCCUUGGAUUGAUAUACCUGAAAGUUGGGUCAUUACGCAUACUCCGGUACUUGCGAUUCGUCCGGCUUCUGGUAAUGUAUCGUCGGAUGUUGUUGCUAAAAUGAACGAAGGAUUAAGUUCGGGAAAAGUUGUAAAUGGAGAGAAUUUGAGGAUGUAUCUUAAGGAAGAUUUACCUAGUAGGUUACAUUAUGCGUCGAGUGAUCGGAUUCCACCGAUAAUUGGUUUGAUUGGUGAAGGUUUUAAGGUUGAGAAGAAGAAAACGAAGCAUCAAGAAUGUGGCGGAUCACAUGGUUAUGACAAUUCAUUUUUCUCUAUGAGAAGUAUUUUCAUUGGACAUGGUCCUCAAUUUGCAAGAGGGAAGAAGAUACCUUCAUUUGAGAAUGUUGAGAUUUAUAAUUUGGUUACUUCUAUUCUCAACAUAAAAGGUGCUCCUAAUAAUGGAUCUAACUCAUUUGCAGAAUCUGCUCUUCUAUCUGCUGCAUAGAUAGAUAGGACUAUAUCAAUUUUUGUAGGUAAAAUUAUUUGAUUGCUGAGAUGAAUCAUAGUUUGCUUUGCUCUCUGUGGAAGAGAUGCUCAUUAUACAAGAAUCAGUCAUUUGUGGCUUCAAGUAAAUAAUAAAGGUACUGUCAUUUAUUUCCAUA